UGAAAAUGAAAGUGUACAGGGCUGAAGGUACGCCCUCUGAUGAUUAAGAUAUAUAGAAGAACACCAUCGGAGCAGUUCUAGUAGUUCCUGCCUUUCUGAAUUUAAAACUUUGAUGCUUUAUUAUACAGACUUUGUAUUUAAAGAGAAUAGAAGUGAAAAAAAGGAAGACAAAAAAAUGGGAGGAUGGCAGUCAACCACAUCUGAUCAACCAGUCCAACCAGAUUUAGAAUAUAGCAAACCAUGGAGGAAAACUCCCUGGGGAGAGGAAAAACAGUUGGAUAAAAGUCUAAGAGAGUUCAAGCUGACCGUUCCAAAUAGCAAGCAUGUGAGGAUCUUGGUAAUUGGAGAAGUUGGAGCAGGAAAAUCCAGCUUCAUCAACUCAGUCAAUAGUGUUUUCCAAAAAAGAAUCACAAAUGAAGCCCUUGUUAACAAAAUAUCUGACAGCACAACCUUCACAAAAUUAUACAAAACAUAUUACAUAAGAUAUGGACAAUCUACUCUGCCUUUUGUCUUAACUGACACCAUGGGCCUAGAGUCCCAGGAUUUACAUGGCAUACAUCCAGAUGACGUUGUCAAAGCCAUGGAGGGCUGCAUAAAGGAAAGAUACAAAUUCAAUCCAGCAUCCCCAGUUUCUCCUCAAGAUGAGAGCUACAGAAGUAAUCCAAGCCUUCAGGACCAGACAUACUGCCUGGUCUUUGUGAUGCCAGCUGACAAGAUAUCACUGAUGAAUGAAAAUGUAAUUAAGAAGAUGAAAUAUAUUAAGAAUAAGGCCAAUGAACUAGAAAUUCCUCAGGUAGUCAUCAUGACAAGGGCAGAUGAAGUGUGUCCACUGGUCAAAGAAAACAUAAGGAAAAUCUACACUAGCAAGAAGAUAAAAGAGAAGUUGGAGGAGUGCUCUGAGUGUAUGGGUAUCCCAGUGAGCCACGUCUUCCCUGUGAAGAGCUACCAUGAGGAAAUUGAUACACAAGCGGACAUAGAUGUUCUGAUUCUGAGGGCAUUGACUCAUAUUGUGCAAGUGGCAAAUGAUGCAUUGACACUGAAGAGCAAGGAAAAUACUGAAUGAAAACCAGCAGGCCAAUAGAAGGCACUAGGGAGUUGCCCUUCCUGAGCCCCCGCACCCCACCCAACACCCCACCCAACUGGCUUAUGGCUUAUGAUUUAUCAAUAUUACUUUUGAUUUCAUAUAUUCAUGUACUCCUACUCCAUAUAUUAAUCCUCAUCAUAUUUUCAAGUAUUUACUCUUUAUUGUACUCCUUUAUUCUUCUUUUAUCUUUAAGAGUAUGUAUAUUCAAUUGUUCUUAAAUUGUUCCAAUGUGACAGGUCAUGUUGACAUGUUUGUGGUUAGAUAUUGGACGCCUGCCAAGUUUCACCGAAAUAAAGAUAUUCUCAAAAUUGA